CCAACAGGACCGUGUCCCACAGCUGUACCCUCCGUUCAUGCGGAUCGACAUUUCCUGCCUCCCAGCAUUUCCCUGAGCCCUGAGGAAUGUGUGGAGAUAGGGACCAAUGUCACCAUCCAGUGCUGGAACAAGGACUAUGGGGCCACCUUCCUCCUGCACAAGGACGGCUGCUCAGCCCCCAUCCAGCGCCAGCACCUCCAUGUGGUGGGCACAGCCACCUUCACCAUCUUUGGGGUGACCCCAGCUGACAGCGGCACCUACAGGUGCUCCUACCGCCCCUGGGCUUACCCCUUUGUGUCCUCACCCCUUGGCAAUAACGUGACUCUGGAGGUGACUCCCACACCUGCACCCCCAGGUGGGUCUGAACCCCAUUUGGGUACCCCUGGUGCCGCCCAGGAGUGGCUGUGUCACCUCCUGUCCCUGUAGAGGUGGUGGU